UGGGGACCAUGGAGACUCAGAGGGCCAGCCUCGCCCUGGGGCGGUGGCCACUGUGGCUACUGCUGCUGGGACUAGUGGUGCCCUCGGCCAGCGCCCAGGCCCUCAGCUACAGGGAAGCUGUGCUUCAUGCUGUGGAUCGUCUCAACGAGCGGUCCUCAGAAGCUAAUCUCUACCGCCUCCUGGAGCUGGACCCACCUCCCACGGCCGACGAGGACCCGGACACCCCAAAGCCUGUAAGCUUCACGGUGAAGGAGACCGUGUGCUCCAGGACGACCCAGCAGCCCCCGGAGCAGUGUGACUUCAAGGAGAAUGGGCUGGUGAAACAGUGUGUGGGGACAGUCACCCUGGACCAGUCCAAGGACCAAUUUGACAUAAACUGUAAUGAGCUUCAGAGUGUCAGGAGAUUUCGCUUACCAUUCUUCCCCAGGAGGGUGUCACUGCAGAGGCUCCCUCCACCAAUAUUCCCCCCUGGACGGUUCCCCCCACCACUUUUCCCCCCUGCACGGGUUCCCUCCACCAAUAUUACCCCCGCCACCAUUUCCAUUCCCCACGCCACGGUUUCCAUUCCUACCGCCAAGGUUUCCUGGUAG